GCAACUGAAAGUGCGAGCGGCCCAGGCAACACCCAGCACAACGCUGCCGGUCGCACCAGUGUUGGAACACCAUGUCGCGCAUCCUCGUCUCCGACCUUGCCGCUCUGGCGUCCGAGACGAAGCGCAAGCACCCAGACGUCCGCGCGGCCUGCGACGCCGCGCUCACCGUCCUCAAGCGUGAUUCGGACCAUGCGCUCACCCUCGCCGCCAACGAUCCUGGCCCCGCUGUGGACAACAUCCUGCUCCGGCCCAUCCUGCUCGCGUGCGAGACAAAGAUGCCCAAGGCACUCCCCCUCGGCGUUGCACUUCUCCAGAGGGUCAUCUCGAUGAAUGCAGUGCCAGAGCCCUCGCUACCCAUUAUCAUCAACCUCCUUACUCCGCUCUCGCAGCGCGCAAGCGACGUCGACGUGCAACUCAAGCUGCUCCAGACCGUCGCCGCGCUGCUGUCGACCUACCCGCAAAUUCACGACGAGCAGCUCGCUGACCUGCUGCGUCUCUGUUUCGCCUACCAGGAGAGCGCCAAGGUCGCUGUCGUCAGCUCAACAGCAGCUGCGACGCUGCGUUCGGCUGUCAUGACUAUCUGCGACAAGGUCGUCGACGAGGACCGCACCCUGGACGCCAUCGCAGGCGGCGGCGAAGAUGCAGCGGCCAGCGCGCCGCUCUCCGCCAUGACGCUCCCGCUUCCCGGGUACACAGAGCCCGUGACGCUAUUCCCUUGCUCCAAGGACGCAUAUCUCGUCUUCUCCAACCUGCACCACCUCGCCACCGGCGAGCCGCACAAGGCCACCUUUCUCGCGCUCCCACACUCACCACGCAUCACCUUCUCCCUCGAGCUCCUCGAGUCCGUCUUUGUGAACCACGCACCGCUGUUCCGAUCAUCAGCCCCCGCCACCCAUCGGCCGCAGUCAGCCCAUCACCCGGAACUACAGAUGGUGCUCAAGCAGAUGACCUGUCCUUUGCUCAUCACUGCGCUUAGCAGCAGCUACGGCGUCGAGCACGCCGCGGGUGGGCUCGCGUUCAGCAUACAGGUGCGACUCAUGCGCCUCCUCUUUCUGCUCCUGCAAAAGUUCACGCCUGAGCUGGACGUAGAGGCCGAAGUGCUCAUGAGCAUCCUCCUUCGGCUCUUACCCCGCUCCUCCAGUGGCGGCACUGCAGAGGCCGGCGGCAGCAAUAGCACCAGCAGCAGCAGCGGCGCGCCAGCAGCGCUUCCUUGGCAGCGAAUCUUGGGACUGGAAAUCAUACGCAGCCUCACGACGGAUGCCGAACUGCUGCGUCACCUCUGGGCGCGAUACGACGAUCCCAACGCGCAUGGCGACGACAUUCGGCGCAGUGGGCAGUGCGGGGAAGAUGGCGGCGGCGGAGACCGCAUAGACGGCCCGCCGGCCGGGCUCGUCGCGAAGAUGGUUGAGGAGCUGCGUCGCGUCGUCACGGAGGACUCGUCGCUGAUUGAUCGGCGAAUAGUACGGGAGCAGCUUGGCACCGCACCCGUAGAGCCCACCGCAGCGGGCCGCAGCUCGGAGAAAGCAGCAGCCGGGGGUGCAGCAGCGUUCUACGAGGCUGCAGCUGGCGCCGUCUCUGGCGUUCUUGGCUCUGGCUCCGGAUCCGGCUCGAGUUCCAGCUCCCUCUCCAUCGGCACGAUUCCCAACGUGCAAGUGAUCGACCAGCUCGACAAAGCUGAUGCGCCAUCUGCCGCGCCGGCGUACACUUACGUCCUGGCGCUUUAUGCUCUUAUCAACGUUGCAACCUGUGUGACGAACCAAGUGCUGCCUGCAUACUCGGCCUUUGUCAAUUCGCGCCCCAAAACGGCGAGCAGGGCCCCGCCCGUGCUCGAUAUUGACGCUAUGCCAUCGUCUACACCGUCGUCGCCCUCUCCCUUUUCAGAUGCGGUGCACAGUGACAACAGCAAUGGGCAUAGCAAAGCGGCGAUUCGUGCGACGAAGCGCGUGGUGCAGACCAUCUGGCCCGCGAUGCUCGCCUCGUUCGAGUUUGUCCUCUCCACCAAGUGUGAUGACGCUGUCUUCGCCGAGGCGCUCGCCGCGUGGCGCAACGUGACCAAUGUCGCUGGCGUCUUUGCGCUUGUCGAGCCACGCGAUGCGCUCCUCCAUGCACUCAUCAAGUUUGCUGUGCCCGCCGGCAUCGUCGCGGCUGCGCUCGAUCAGCGUCGGUCGUCCACGUCCGCCACCACCGCCGCCGCCGCUGCUGCCGGUAGUGGCGCAGGCCCACCGCCCUCUUUAUCCAUGCCCGGCGCAGAGACAUUGGCCGGUUCAACGAACGGCGCUACAUGCGUCGGCCUGUCCCGUCGGAUCAUGGCCAGCCUCAAAGCGCUGAUCCACUGCAUCUAUUAUCUCAGCGGGAGUCUCGACGAGUUCUGGUAUCCAGCGCUCAACGCGCUCGUCCAGGCUGAAUACGUUCUGCACAAGAUGCGCAGAUCGUUAUCCUCCGCCUCAGGCUUCCGCCCCGCGGCCCCUCCUCCUGCUCCGCCUGCGUCGCCGUUCGCCGUUGCGCCCGUCGAGCAGCAGUCGGGAAUUCCGCUGGUACUCGUCGAUCUGACGCCUGAUGAGCUGCUCGCCGACAUCUCGCACAUUGUACAGAAUACCGCUGCGCUCGACCAGGCGUCCUUGACGCAGUUCCUCGCCUGUGCCUGCCAGCUUAGCGCGCAGGUGGCCGGACUGCCGCCGCAGGACAAGGCAUCAAAAGCACCGCGAGAUGCGUCGUUGCGUCUGGCGCAGAGCAAGACGGCCCUGCUGGAUCCCAAGGGCAACAGUAUCAUUUUGACGCACAUCGCCAUCGCCUGGGCCCUCAAUGCGGAGCGGCUGACGAUUGGCGCCCAAGGAGCUGGCUGGAGUGUAGUCGUACAGCACAUCUUUGCCGUGCUGGAGUACGAAGAGGCGCAGCCGAACGUGCGCAUGCAGGCGGCCGCCUCGCUCAAUAGUAUCACUCUCGACGCCAUGGCAGCGUGCGCAAAGCAGCAGCACGCAGAAGCGCGCAUGCGCAUCCAACAGCAGGUGUUCGAAGCGAUCGAGCGCCAAGCCAUCCUGCACCAUCGCCGAUCUUCCGUCUUUGACCUUGAGAUCCGGCGUCUGGCCAUGGAAACGAUGCUGAAGGUUCUUGAAAAUUACGGCCACGUUCUACAGCAUGGCUGGGACUCGAUCUUCGCGUGCUGCAAAGCCGCUUGCGACCAGGCGCAAGUGAAAAAAGGGGCUCUCGGCACAGCGCCACGUAGUGCGGUGCCGCUCAUCAAGAUUGCGUUCGCCGUUGUUCAACUUGUCGCUUCCGACCUGCUCACGUGCCUCUCUGAAGAUCAGCUCAGGGCGUGCAUCGACAACUUUUCCGAUUUCGCCCUGCAGUCGGAGGACGUCAAUGUCUCCCUCACCGCCGUUGGGGGGCUUUGGGGCGUCACAGCUGACGUCAUGCGCCGCUCGCAAGAGCAGGCCCACUCAGCUACCGAACUCUGGAUGCAUUUGCUCCAGCGCACUGCGGACAUGUGCUUGGACGCCCGCUCAGACAUCCGCAAUGCCGCUAUCAGUGCCCUCUUCCGUGUACUCGAGCAAUACGGCUCGUCUUUUGACUCGACGCUUUGGCAAAGCACCUUACUCAAGAACUUAUAUCCUUUGCAGAAAGCUCUCGCGGAAGGCCAGGAAGCAGCAGAGCGUGCCGGCACUGCUGAUCAAGCGGACGACAAGUGGAAAGAGAUCCUGGGAGAGGCCCAGAGCGAAUGGAAGCAAAGGGUCGUUUCGAGGUCGCUCUCAAUUGCACGUCUCGGCAAAGUCUUUGCUGAAUAUCUCCCAACGAAAAUUAUCUCAUGCCCAGACUUUGGCGGCAUAUGGGCACAGCUGAUGCAACUGCUGGAUGAGACGUUCCGCGCUGGACCGACCAACCUUUCCCAAGCGGCAAUUGAAGCCAAAGUGACCGUAUUGAAUGCCGAGGUGGCCUACGAAAACGACCAAGCGGAAGCAAGACACCAUGCAGCACAUGGCGUUGCGUGGAGGCAUUGGGUCGGCCUGACCUCAGAUGCACGGUGCGUGGAUAACAUGCCAUAUCUGUCCCAGAAGAACAUGGUCGGCAAUGUGAACGUUGCAUCGGCCAUCUACAAGCGUACAGCUCACGAAUUCGACGUCGGGCGCCUUCGUACUCUAUUUGAUGGUCUCAAAGCGCUUCUCACAUUCCCAUCGGCUGUAGACGCGCCGCGAGACGUCGAUGCUUUGACGCCAUUGCAAGCCGCUGUACGUGAAUUGAUGCUCUCCAUCACACCUGUACUGGGCUCGCGAGCGCUCGUUUUGACCGAACUGGCGCAAUUGAGCACGUUGGCAGUUGUCAAUGAUGACGAAACAAACUUUACGUUUGUCGCGCUUUGCAAGACAUCGUUGCAGGACAUGCAGCGGCUCUACGAGCAGUGGCAUCAAGAAGUGGAAGUGUACACUGACGGUGCGCUUUCUGCAAUGCUGGCUGCGCUUGCUAUUCCGAUGCAGCUUCGAUACGGUUGCCCAUCUUCGAGCUCCAAUGGGACACUUCCACCCCUGUGGAAGAUUGUCACUGUGGUCGCAUGUCGCAUUUUGAGUCUAGCGAUCGUACGCCUAAAUACUAACCAAAGCCUUCCGCAGGAAGGUUUCACAGACUGCUGGGUGCACAUCGUUGCGCUCUUGGAGGCUGCUCUAUCACCUCGGGUUAUUUCUGACACAUCGCAGAACUACGUCCAACUGCAGGAGGACCAGGUGUUUGAUUUACUCCUGCUCUCUACCAUCGAGCGCUCGGUCCUCAACGCCAUAGGCACGGAGAGAACGCCCGAUGCGAUCAUCGAUCGACUUGCACAAGCGCUGGUGACGGCCAGUGAGCUCUUCGUCCGUGACCACCUGGGUCUGGACGAAGCCGGCGGUCGGUUGCGCUCAGACGGUGAUGGCGGGACCUCAGGACAUAAAGCGAAGCAGCUUGGGACAUGGAAAAGGCCAGCUGGGCUUACGGUUCCAAUUAAACCGACACCGCGCGAGCUGACAGCGUACUGGACUCUGGAUUUGCUCUUCUUGGCAUGCUCUCGAGGCUCCAAAUUGGACGCGCAACGUGAGCGAGUCAGCAGUCGUCUGCUCCCUCUUCUGCUCGACCGCUGCAAGUCCACACUGCAAACUUACGCAGCUGAUUCUUUGCUCCACGGAACCUCGCCACUUCCUCGAAUCCGAAGUGAGGAGCUCAACUAUCUGCUUUCACGCCUCCUCGACCUUCGAUCUCCUCCUGGAGCGAUUGAAAGCUAUGUCUCUGUCAGUCAUCUCAGCAGCAACAUCAUGCAAUCGGAACGUGUCCAUCUGCUACCUCUAUUCUCCUGUCUGACCGACCUGCUCGCGCUACCGCGCUCCACAAGUGACUACCUCGACAAGAUUAGCAUCGGCACUUCCACAGCGCUUGCUGUCCCCAUCACCCUUCCGGAGGGAUUCGAGCUCGGCACAGUCGGUGCUACGAAGAAUGUGCUGCACAGCAACCGCAUGGAAUGGGACGAGCCGACGAUGUACGACGAGCUGUCGAAAAAGUGCCUUGCAGCCAUUGCCGGGGCCCUGGGUCUUCCUUGAUCACGUUUCUUCACCUCAUUGUAGCAUACAACUCAUUUUGCGAUUGCAUAAUAGAUUUUCC